GAAUAUGGUGCUAAGGUACCUCAAAACCAACGACAGAGGUACCUUGACAGGAUUGUUGAUGAGUGUCUAAGAAUCUAUCCCACCGAAAAAGAAGCAUUUGAAAAGGUAACGUUGCUUUGAUGGUAGUUGCAGGCGACAAAAGGGACCCGCAAUCCUAAUCUCCAAGUUGUUAUUACGCAUGCGUCGCAUGUAUGUAGCCAGCAUUCGUUGGGAUUGCCACUAAGAAUGAGUGGAAUGCACUGAACGCACUUUGAUCACGCGCGUUUGGACCUUCUAUCACUCAUAAUCUGAUCACGCCUGUUUUUGGUAGUGAAAGGGUUUCAAAAGACGGUCGAAGUGAGAGACCGUAAAAUGUCAAUUCCAUUUAUUUACUACUUGGUAAUUUGCUUUCCAGGCUGUGGAAGAGGAGCAAGCCUUGUACGAACGGAGCACCAGGCGGCAGGUUUACUUGAAUCUCUGUGUGAAUGCGAUAAAGAAACUUCGA